GAUAACUGAACGAGAUUUGUACCGUAAAGUUGACCGAAUAUAUCCGCAUAGUCGUCGCCAAGGAGAUCUAGUUCAUAGCGCGCAAAAUUUUAAUUAGCAAAAACAUCGAUAUAAGUCUAUAUAUUUUCACAUAUAAUAACAACUUGAAAUUUGUUUAACCAUGGCACAAGAAGCGCAAGAGGCAGGCCCACGAAUAGCUGCAAAAGAAAGAGGCCCAGGACCCGGGAGGUACUUCCUGCCGUCCACGGUUGGUUUUAGCAAACAUGACGCUACAAAGAAGAUGGAACCGGCCUACUCGUUCGGCAGACGAGUCCCACAGAAGGCCAUGAAGGACAGCCCCGGACCCGCCUACGCAGUCGACCCACGUAUGACACGGUACGGCAAAGACGGCACACCGCGCUAUUCGUUAUUUACACGGCAACAAUACCAACAUAGUUUCCAGACGCCUUCGCCCGGCACCUAUAACCCGCAGCAGGUCCACCCCCAGGGUGAGAGAACCGCCCCGAGGUAUUCAAUGGGGUUUCGAACCCGGUUCCGCAAGUGCGAUCAGAAUCCCUCGCCUUCCAACUACAUCCUCCCGGCCGUGCUGGGACCAUCCCAGCCUAACAAAACAUCGGCCGCUUCCUACUCUCUGAUAGGCCGGUCAAGCGUAGGAUGUUACUUAGAGGACCUCUCCAAGACCCCUGGACCAGGCCACACACAAAAGGUCCACCCAGACGUGUACAUGCAUAAGGCGCCUCAUUAUUCUCUAGGCUCGAAGAGCUACAUGCCCGAAGAUAACGUGCAGAAGCCGGGACCGGGGGCGCAUCACCCGGAAAACGUACGGAUCAACCGCCCCGCCGCCCCCAGCUACUCGCUGGGUAUCCGGCACACGGAGUUUACAUGCCCGCUGAUUCUUCAGGAUUAGAGACGAUUGUCGAAGACCUUAAUGAUGAUAUUUAUUUCAUUCACAAUAAAACUUCGAAAAUAA